AUGCUUGAUACAAGCACACAGGAGUAUGAGAAGACUUUGUCGAGCAAGGAUGAGUCUUUGCCAAAGAUACACAAGAAGCGUCUUCAGCGAUUUGCCACGCCAGCAGAGGUCGCGAAAGCGAUGCCACUCUCACGGGCUGCCAUGUCAGAGCUGGUAGGCGAGGUGCAUGGUAUCAAACCGAAGCAUAUUAGCGACUCCUUUGUAGCGAAGCUAUUCGCCACCGCGGCAUUCCCUCUUGACCUGGUCGUGCGUGGACUUGGCUUCCUCGGCGUUCAGGACGUCGGUCCGCUUGCUCUGCGUGAAAUGGCAUUACGAGCUGGUUCAACCGAUGCCUUCAUUGGUACUCUUGCAACGCUGAAGCAGAUGAAGAUCAAAGUCAGCAAUGCUUUGUAUUGCCGCCUUCUCCGGAAACUUGCGGCAGAUGGCCAACCGGAAAUGUUUGAUGCGUUACUCGCCAAUGAUCAGCAUCCGGACUCUUUCGAAGACGAUAUGGUCCAGGAUCGUCUGCUGAAAGCUUUUUUGCAUUUGGAGCAAUGGCCGAUGGUCCACGUUACUAUGAUGGGGCGCGCGCUUGCCGGUCACGAAUCUGAACAUCGCGCAUGGAAUGAACUCCUCCAGCAUUACUUGGAGACGGGCUCCUGGCACAAUGUUGAGCAGACAUGGCAGAGUAUGCAGGCACGCAAAGUGCACAUCACUCAUCGUACUGUUGGGUUUAUGUGGAGGUAUGCUCUUCCCGAGCGCCGAAAACGGCACCGUCCAGCGCUUUCCCAAUGGCACAGUACUGAUCGACCGCACUUCGACGCGCUCACGUUCGUCACUAAUGCCUACAUGUAUGCGUCGAGGCACGGCGACAGUGUGGCACCGAAAGUAUGGGUGGAGAUGUUGAAGCGGUAUGGGAUGGUCUACCGCCUCUGGCCUGAGCUCGAGAAGCUUGCGUUAUGGCUCGGCGAGCGAUACGGGACUGCGGAUUCAUGGGAAGCGAUCAAGAAACGGCAGCAAGGGUCCGUAUUACCGAGCGAUCCUUUCAGCACUAUCUUCCACUGGCAGAUGCAGCAGGCAUUGUUUGUUUGGGGUUUCAACAACGCAGCCAUGAUGCACAGACUGCGAGUGCGGCCUUUGAAGCUUGGAGGAAGCGAUGGCAUGACACCUUGGGAGGAUUGGGCGCAAGGACUCAAGCUACUGAAGCGGCUGUCUACAACUUACGGUGUAGGCUUGCGGACUUCCUUCAUCCGCAAGGCAUUCCUCCUGCGCAUGAAGAUCAUCUUCUCAAGGCGGCAUACCGACGUGCCAGUCACCCGCCUUAUUCGAAGGCGGAACCGCCUAAGCUUCGAACAAUAUGUUCGGCAAGGGUGUGAAAUUUUCGGUCCUCGUCUGACUGAGCCCGGCCCUCAACCGAUGCGAGACGGCGUGCCUACCAUCUACUGA